CAUACAGACAUCGCAUGUUGUUUAUCUCAGGAUAAAACUCCAGCUGUUGCUUGGCUGGUGGGAUUGGACUUGAGGACGCUCAGCAUGUUUGGCUUGGUGUGGAUCAGCGUGUUGGCAGUCAGUUUUACAGGUGUGUUCGGGGACGUCCCUCAUCGGCUGAGCCCUGAGGACCGCGAGACGCUGCUCCGCCUGGGGUCACCCCGAGCAUCUCUCCCCGCGGGCUUCAAAUACAAGUAUGUGGGUAGCGGAGGGGUCAUCAAGAACACCACAUCCUCCGGCCACUGGUUGGAGGUUGCCGCGAGUCCCAAUACUACCGAAACUGGGCACUAUGAGGCGGCACUGAUCGUGAGUAAAAUGACACGCCACAUGCCCUCGGUAGUCUUCGCCAAGCUCUCCGCGGGUGGGUCUGUGGGGGUGUUCACACGGACAGAGACACUCGCCAUCUACCCGGAAUACUAUGGACUGAAGGACACGCCCGCCUGUAAUGGAAGCUGCGCCGGACAUUGUUCUGCUUCCUGUACGUUUGACGGCCGGAAGUGGAGCACCGUUGCUGGAGCCGGCGGAGCGAGGGCCGUGGUCCUUGACGACAACGUGAUGUGUACGUCACGUGACCCCUAUAAUCACCAUGAGAACAUACUGGUUCACGAGUUCACCCAUACCAUCCACCACCAUGGCCUUGAUUCCCGACACUCCAGGGAGGUCAUUGCGGCCUACAACCACGCUAAGUACGUGAACCUGUGGGUGCUGUCGGCGUACGCCAUGGCCGACCGUGGGGAGUACUUCGCGGAGGGCGCCACAGCUUACUUCAACGUCAACCAGGAGGCCAGCGCUGCAGGCAUGAACAAGUGCGACGGGACCCACUACUGCACCAGUGAGACUGCGGCUCGGAACUACCUCAAACUCCACGACAACAGCCUGUACAACGUCCUCACUUACGUCUUAACCAACAACCAUCCCGAGACGCCCAGCCAGCUGGCUGUGUGCCAGAGGAGCUAGGGUGAACUGGUCAGGGGAGCGAACCUAUUACACGGGAUUCUUGGUGGUUCCAAUAGCAAAUAAAUAUCAUUGAUAUGUA